AUGAUGAAGCAACGAGAUGCAGAAAUCGAAUUUGAACAGGAUGAAAAUAAAGAAGAACCGAAAAUGACAACAGUUGUUACUGAAACAAGAAUUAUUAAUUCAUUAAACACAAAAGAUACUACAUUAGCAUUAAAAAAGCUAAGUGAAAUUAGACAAACUGGCACUGUAACAUUAUAUUUAGUCCGACAUGGUGAACGCCUUGAUGAAGUACGUGGUAAUACAUUCCGUGAGAAUUGUGGGGAGCAAUGGUAUAAUCCUCCUUUAACUGAAGUAGGUAAAACGCAAGCAUAUAAUACUGCAAUAUAUUUGAAAACUAUAUUAAAAAAAUUACCACCAAUUUUACAUGUUAGCCCUUUAUCAAGAACUGUACAAACUGCAGCUGAAAUAGCUAAUUGUUUAAAUAGUUCCAUAGAAUUAGUACCAGGAUUAGCACAUUGUGCAGCAGCAUUUUCAUCAGGGAAUGUAUUAUUACAACAAUCAUCUUUUUUAUCAGAAUCAGAUAUUGUCGCAUUAUGUCCUUCUAUUAAAUUAGUUGAAUAUGAGUGGAUUGAUACAGAUACAUUUAUAGACUGUAUAAUUAGAUUAUGUUUAUUAUCAGGAGCGAACAGCGAAGUAGUAUGUAUUACACACCGUGAAGCAAUGCGUAAUUUAAGUAAAAGUCAUUUAUGUACCAGUGGUAAAAGCAUACACUCUACACCCUAUUGUUGUGUGGCAAAAUUUACAUACAAUUUAGAAACUAAAACAUUUGAAAGUCAUGGAAUUAUUAGUAAUUAUAAAGAAAUUUAUCCAUAG